AGAGAGCAACAUGAACUCUUACCUGAAGCAAGUAGUUAAACAACUACCUAAGGUAUACAAAGAUUCCGAGUUUAAUGGAGGUGAUCUGUUUGUAAUACUUCAAGGCUUGACAGCAUUUGCUGACAGUUCAGUGCAAGGCAAUCCCGUCGCGGCUGUCAACGCAGCCAUUGAUAUCGCUGCACAUUUUGCUACAAAAUGCAAUACGGGUACUUUACAAGAAAACCUGGAGAAUAUUAAAACAUGGCUGAAAUUCGGGGAGGAAUAUAAAGUCUUAAAGGAUUCCAAUGAUUUGGAUUUUGACAAGGUGAACGUUGGGUCGGUGCCAGAAGUGAUGCAGGCUAACCUAGAGAUGAACAAAGAGGGACUGACGGCAGAUUUGGUGUGUAUGAUCGAGGAGAGAUCGCUCCCGAGAAACGUGGCAAGUUUUAAAAAAACAAUUGAGCAGUUCUUUAUAGCAGGGUCUGCUAGGAUUGAUCUCAUCGCAAAGGUCAUCGAUUUGGACAAUCAGAUUGGUGGAUAUAACUUCGACAUACCAAACUUAGAAGAGACUGUAAGCGAACUAGACGAAUUGUCUAGCAUUGGUGAAACUCCUAUCGCAGACAAUAUUCAGGAGUCGUUCCUUGAUAAUCUACUCACAUCGUAUCAGAACAUUGAGUCUUCUUUUUCUCAACAUCUCUAUAAUUUCUAUAAAAGCUACGAAUUUUUCACGCUGUGGAAUGUUACCAGCAGGCUUACUGCGUUUGAGAGGACGGCGAGUGAAGCCGCUUCAGGCAAUGGCCAGCUUCAAGGAGCUGUUAUACUUACGAAAGCUUUUCAAGAGAUAAAUGACAUCAAUUUCAAAGAAAAGCAGUGCUUUGCCAAGUUUUCGCCCAAAAUCGACAGACAUAAAUGGUCUUUUAACAGUACAGACAAUUCCAUGUUAUUCACCGACUUGCAUAAAGGGAUGGCAAAUGUGGCUCUUAAGAUGUUUAACAUUUCGGACAGCAGCGAACCGUUUUACAACAUACGCCUUUACAAGAUGUAUAUCGAGCUAUAUGGCGAAGGUGACAUCACCAAGAAAAUAAAUAAUUUACCAGCGAUGGUCAGGUUAAAGGUUCAACGUCAAAGUGCUUCAUACUUUAAAGACGGGGCUGGACAUGCCAGGGAGUUUCGUCAAAGUCUCACAGAUUGGAGAAAGUUUGACUUUAAUCGUUUCGGUAUAACUGAUGAAAAUAAAUGCAACAAGGCAUUUCUACAGGGAAUAGGUGACUCGCUUUACUGUUUGAAUGAAGAUGACCAUCGUCUUAAAAUCAUGUCAUGCCGACAAGGGAGAAACCUCAAGUGUGAAGACGGAGUAGGAGCACCGGAAUGGCCGAGUCCUUUUGGAACCUACACCCUUUCUCUACCAAUUGAUGAUAAGCUUGAAUGUAAAAGCACAACUAGAGUUAGUACCAAAAACUGCAAAGACUUUGAUCGAUCCAUCUACACCAAAAUGAACAUCUGGGUGUACUUUGUUCACUGGACUAGAAACUACCCUGAUGGGCCAGACGACACAAUAUGCAACAGUAAAGAUCAACCAGAGGACCAAUAUUCAAAUGGCAAUAAUAACAUUUUCCACUAGAUCACAGAAUAGAGGUUGUCAUACGACUUCCAUAUAUGGAUGUUCAUAUGCAUGGCUCUAAUGUACCUAUAGAAGGCUCUCAUGUCCCUAUAGAUGGUUCAUUGAUUAUAUAUUCAAUGUUAUGUACAUAUGCGUGGUUAUUCAUGCAUGCCGUUGCAUAAAUAUCACAAAAAUUUAGGUUCACUCAAGCGAAUUGGUCUCGUGUCUUAAUGGUUAUAGGUUUAGGGAAAAUAUCGGGUUAGGCAAUGCAUAGCGCUGGUUCGAAUCUUAGUAUUCGUCCUUCAACAAUUUCUUUUCGGUUCAAGUUUAAGUCUUUGAAUUUUUUUCUCCACAUAAAAAAAGUUCUUCUCCACAUAAUUGGGACAUCAGAGUCUUCUACGAGCACAUUAGCGCCUUCUAUGUGCACAUCAGCGCCGUACAUGCACAACCGUAUAUGGAAGUCGUACGACAAACACUUCUCAGAUCACAACAAUCAAUAUAAUUAGAAUUUCUACAGUUUAACACAGAACGAGCAUAUAAAAAAAAAAAAUCAGAAAAUAAGAGAGAGGAAAGCAUAUAUCAAAAGCUUCAUAAACAAUUGAGGAUUAAAUUAAAUGAUCAAAAAUUGCGAUUUGGUUUCUCAGUGGGUAGUAAACAGCUAUUGUAAACUUCGGUCGAAUAUUAUUUUGCCUAAUGUUAUUUUUCAAGCUUUCUGGUGUAUAAUAACGUGACCUUGGUAUCUUGUUAACAAGAUAACUGUCAAUAUCAUUAUCCACAUCAUUUUGU